AGCCCCUCUCUCUUUUCUCAUUGUCUCUCUCUCCCUACAAAUAUAAACGCAGCUCCAAAUCUCAUCAUCAUUAUCACACAAACCAAACAAAAACCUCUCAAAGACUUGACCCUUUUCUCCAUUUCCAAUCUCUUGCUUAUUUGUCCGUACAAUCCAGUUAGAUUCGACCCAUUUCGAUCCAAAAUCGAUCUUCAAUUUCGUUGGCAUGGGUUCGAUUCAAUUUUGCGUUUUAUUUGACCCCAUUUUGUGAAAUUUUCACGGGAACGUUGCGGUUGAGAUCGAUGUUUGAUCGUAAUAUUGUUGCAACCAGAAGGGCAUGAAUGGAAUUAAAAAAAUUGGUGAAUGAAUUGAAUUUUAUGAGUUUAAUUUGACUAACAAGAAAAAAAUAUGCCAGGAUUAGCGCAGGCGCAGAGAAACAAUGAGCAAUUUAGUAAUGCUUACUCGGUUUCGGCUAAUGGUUUCUGGUCGAAACACAGCGAUGAUGUUGGGUACAAUCAGUUGCAGAAGUUCUGGAGUGACCUUUCACUGCAAGCACGGCAGGAGCUCCUUAGGAUUGAUAAGCAGACCCUCUUUGAGCAAGCUCGAAAGAACAUGUAUUGUUCUAGAUGCAAUGGACUACUGCUUGAAGGUUUUCUGCAGAUUGUUAUGUAUGGAAAGUCUAUGCUGCAGGAUGGAACAGUUGCACAGCUUCCUAGCAACAGAACUGUAGCCUCAAAAAAUCAAAAUGACGGUGGAUCAAUUAUGACAAAUGGGUGCCAAAAUGACAUUCAAGAUCCGUCAGUCCAUCCCUGGGGUGGUCUAACCACAACGCGUGAUGGAUCAUUAACACUCCUGGACUGCUAUUUGUGUUCAAAGUCUCUCAAAGGACUGCAAAAUGUCUUCGACAGUGCACGUGCAAGGGAACGGGAGCGGGAAUUGCUUUAUCCUGAUGCCUGUGGUGGGGGAGGUCGGGGUUGGAUAAGUCAAGGAAUGGCAAGUUUUGGUAGGGCACAUGGAACAAGAGAAACAUGUGCAUUGCAUACUGCCAGGCUUUCUUGUGACACAUUAGUGGAUUUCUGGUCUGCUCUUGGGGAAGAAACUCGGCAAUCUCUUUUAAGGAUGAAGGAAGAGGAUUUUAUUGAGAGGCUAAUGUACAGGUGUGUUUUAGCUACUUGUUUGUUUCUAAUAUUUAGUAUUUGAUUUAAAAUUCAG